AUCUCUUCUGCGCAGACGCAGACGCAGACGCCAGAAGCAGUGUUGUUGUUGGCUUCAAACAAAGCUCAUAACCGUAAUUUCUACCAUUGUAUCUGAAAUAGCUUCUUUCACUCUCAGUAACUAGUGUAGCAGCAGUACGCUUAGGUACCGAGAUUGUCUUGUAUGAUUAUAAUGCGCACUCUCUCAUAUAUUUGAGUGUGAAGAAAGCAGAGCAAGAAGAAGAACAAGCUCCAAGGAACCUCCAACUGCCCAGUUUUUAAUACAAGUCAUUGAAAGGCCGAAGAUUGGGCGUGGGUCUUCGAGAUCUGGGACUGUACAAUGAGAUCUUUUUACUCUGAAUAAGAUCAUUCCUCAUUUCUCAUCACCAUCGGAUUUCUUGCUUCCAAUGUCUGCGUUGGAGAGCUCCUAUCGCUGCUAUUCAUUUUGCAAUUGCGAUUGCUAGGGUUUCUGUCUGUUUGCUUUACUUUAAUGCCAAAAUGACCACCAAACGCGCCUACAAGCUACAGGAAUUUGUUGCACAUUCUUCCGCUGUCAAUUGCCUCAAGAUUGGCAGGAAGUCGUCCAGGGUUCUAGUCACCGGAGGAGAGGAUCACAAGGUCAAUCUAUGGGCUAUUGGCAAACCCAACGCCAUCCUGAGUUUGUCUGGACAUACAAGUGGAAUUGAUUCCGUAAGCUUUGAUUCUUCAGAGGUGUUAGUUGCCGCAGGAGCUGCAAGUGGUACAAUCAAGCUUUGGGAUUUAGAGGAGGCUAAGAUUGUUCGUACACUUACUGGUCACAGAUCUAAUUGCAUAUCUGUGGACUUUCAUCCCUUUGGAGAGUUCUUUGCAUCUGGCUCUUUGGAUACGAAUCUUAAGAUAUGGGAUAUCAGAAAGAAAGGGUGUAUCCACACGUACAAGGGCCACACUCGAGGGGUGAAUGCAAUCAGAUUUACCCCAGAUGGCCGUUGGGUUGUAUCUGGAGGAGAGGACAACACAGUGAAGUUGUGGGAUCUGACUGCUGGAAAGCUUUUGCAUGAUUUCAAGUGUCAUGAGGGCCAAGUUCAGUGCAUAGACUUUCAUCCACAUGAGUUUUUGCUGGCAACGGGUUCAGCGGAUAGGACUGUUAAAUUUUGGGACCUUGAAACGUUUGAGCUUAUUGGUUCAGCAGGACCUGAGACAACUGGAGUUCGUUGUCUCACUUUUAAUCCUGAUGGGAGGACCCUACUAUGUGGAUUGCAUGAAAGCUUGAAGGUUUUCUCGUGGGAGCCAAUAAGAUGCCAUGAUGGUGUGGAUGUGGGAUGGUCUAGAUUGUCAGAUCUUAAUGUUCAUGAGGGAAAGCUUCUUGGCUGUUCAUACAAUCAGAGUUGUGUUGGAGUAUGGGUUGUAGACAUAUUGCGCAUAGAACCAUAUGCAAUUAGUAAUGUUACCAGAUCAAAUGGCCAUUCAGAAUCUAAAUCUUCUUCAAGUGGGAGUCUGUCAGUACUAAACGAGAACACUGCUAAGGCCACUCUGGGUCGACUAUCUGUUUCCCAAAAUUCAGAUCCUUUAGUGAAUGAGACAAAAUCUCUUGGAAGGUUGUCAGUUUCCCAAAAUUCAGAUCCUAUUAAGGAGCCAAAAGUUUUGGCAUCCGCAGGAAGUAUACCUGGUACUCCUCAGAGGAUUGGUUUGAAUGCCAGUCCAAAAAUAAUGCCAGCUAGUUCUAUGGCAGUUCCUAGUGGAGCAGCUUCGAAGAGGAGUUCCACCAAGGCCCAGUCAACAUCCGGUGUUCCCAUUCUUAAUAAAUUGGAUGUGAUACCUGUAAUUGUUCCCAGGACCAAUAUGAGGUCAGAGCAAGCAGCUGAGUCCAGAAAAGAAGUUGGUAUAGCUGGAAGAACAAUGCCGUUCUCUCUGCAGUCAAAGGCUACUGAUUUCCGAAAGUUUCCAAAUAGCAGAGAUGAAGUGGAUAAGCCAAUUGUCUCUGCCCUGCCUGAACUCACAGGUUCGAAGGCUCCCGAAUUGAGCAGUGGUGCAGAUAGGAAUAUCUUUCCUGCAGUUAAAAGCUCAAUUCAAGGAAUAUCUGCUGCUGAGAAGAGCAUUAAGGAUGACAGGUUUAUUGGAUCUGGCAAGCAUGAAAUGAAUUCAACUACUGAGCCAGCUGCUAACUACCAGCAUGAAAGUUAUGAUACUCGGGGACAUAAGGUGAGCAGAGAUGCAUGUUCUAUUGAAAGUAAAAAAGGAGGCAAAACUCGCUCUCUUGUUGUGAAUUGGGAGAAAAGAGAAAGAUCUCCUACUUAUGAGGGAUCUACUUCCAGUAUUCCUCCUGGCACUGUGUCUGCAGCUAACAUGCUCCCUUUCAAUGCAUUUAAACAUAGAGGGUAUCCUCCAUCUGCUGAGAAAGAAACGGUAUCUGCUAGUGAUGAGGAUGCUAUUGCAGAUGUAAUGGAACAACAUGACCAAUUUAUCAGUUCUAUGCAGUCUCGUUCAGCCAAGUUACAGGUGGUUUACAGAUAUUGGGAAAGGAGUGAUGUUAAGGGGGUUGUUGGUGCAAUGGAGAAAAUGGCUGAUCAUGCUGUUGUUGCUGAGGUAGUUAGCAUUAUGACGGACAAAAUUGACAUUGUCACAUUGGAUAUUUGCACUUGUCUUCUGCCACUUCUCACAUGCCUUCUUGAAAGUAACAUGGAUAGGCAUCUAAGCAUCUCUUUGGACAUGCUGCUUAAGCUGAUCAGAAUAUUUGGUUCAGUUAUCUAUUCAACAAUAUCAGCAUCAACAUCCGUUGGUGUAGAUAUUGAGGCAGAGCAAAGGCUGGAGCGUUGCAACUUAUGCUUUAUGGAGCUUGAAAAAGUCAAACGCUGCCUAUCUGCCCUUACCAGAAGAGGGGGAUCGGUUGCAAAGUCUGCACAGGAGUUAAAUCUAGCUCUCCAGGAAGUUUCGUGAGAAAUAACAGUGUGGUAGUGCGUAUAUUUGUGGCCUCACUUGAAAUUUUUUUGUUGCUUUUGAGGGAGUUACCGCCUCUUGAAGGCUUAAACCCGUCUUGAUGCAACCCCUAAUAGCCCUGGUUUGCUCCGCCCAUAUGUUCGUUCAUGUUAAGCGGAGGCAUUAACAACUUGCUAAUUCUACAACAUUCGAUGCAUCCGGAAGGCUAUUGCAUAUGCCAGUAUACCUAGUGCUGAUUGCUUAGCUUUUGCAAUGAUCAAGAAGUGGAUGCUUGGCAGAGAUUGGAGAAGAUGCCGUUACUUUUUACGCCUAACCCAAUAUCUCAUUGAAUUGCACUGAUUUAAUUUUUGAAUUAUGUUCGUUAAAAGAUUGGCAUUGUUGUUGUAAGAGGUGUCCUAAUGCCUUGCUGUGAUUAGUGCCCUUAAAUAGUUAAUUUUUUUUUUUUUUUAAUGUAUUUCGUCAUUAUUACUAUUAUUAUUAUUAUUAUUAUUAAAAUUG